AUGCCACCAACAAGUACAGAUUCAACAAAUAAUUCUACACCAUCACCUAAUACUAGUGCUAAUUCACUGGAUCAAUUUCCUCAUCAUAGUCAAGAAUCAAUUCGGAUUUUAAUUGCCGCUAAUUUCAAACAACCAAAGCCACAACCACAGCAACAACCACACCCACAACAACAUAGUCUGGAACUAUCUCAUCCUACGUCAAACUUGCACCAGGUUUCAUCUAAUUCAGCUCAUUCAAGUGAUAUCUCACCAACUGAUUCUGGAAUCAGUUUACGACCAAAUCGUGUCAAAUCUUAUUCUAUUAGUAAUGGAGUAUUAAGUCAUUCAAGAACAGCCAAUAAACGUGUCUCAUUUUCCAAUCUUCAUUCAACAAAUUCUUCACAAUUAUCUUUAACAAGUUCAGAAAGUUCUGAAAAUGAAAUUUAUAGUGACGAGGAUGAAGAAGAAGAAGAAGAUUAUGAGGCCGGAAAAGAUCAUGAUAAUUCCGAAGAUAUAAAGCAUCCAAACCAUAAUGAAACUUCGGAAUUGCUUCUACGAGAACCAAAUUUCAAACAAGGUAAAAAAGAUGAUACCAUUACCACAACUACUCAAGAAGAACUGUCAUCACAUAACUCUUCUGGUUCGAUUAAUCGUUCUACUAUUGGUAAAAAAAUUGCUAAAUUUACUGCAGGAAGUAUGACACCUUCACCUAAUGAAUUAUCACCAACAUCAUCAAGUGCAUCAUUAAAAUCUAAAAAAAAUAAAUCCAGCUAUCCAUAUCCUUAUUCUUCUCGUCAUAAUUUUUUGAAUCAUUAUGGAGGAGAAAAGUUGGCAUUAUCAAAAUCAUUAGAUUCUCAAUUAUUAGAACCUUAUGAUUCUAAUAGUUCUGUCAAUUCAUUUUUACCCGAAUUCAAUAAACGUCCAUUAACUGAUACACCAAUUGUUUCAACAAUAGGAUCUCCCAUAACUAGAGAACAAUCAUAUGAUGAUUAUGAUGAAGAAGAAGACGAAGACCGAGGUAACAUUAAUUCCAUUCAAGAAGAAGAAGGUGGCGACUCAAGUGGUACUACUACUAAUAAACAUAAACCCACAUCAUUACAUAAGACGAAAAAUAUUUCACAUUUAAAUUUAUCAGAAUUAUCACAUAAAGACACUACUACUAAUAAAGAAGGUUCACCUGAUGCUGAAUCACUUAAGAAUUCAAGAGAACACGCGGCUCUGAUUGCUGCUAAACAAUUAGUUGGUAAUAAAGCAUUAGAAAAAGAGGAUGACUUACCGACAGGGACAAUUGCAGCACAAUUAUUACGUAAAUCAGCUGGUAUAUCUGAUAAUUCUGGUCAAUUACUGUAUUCAGUUCCAUCAAGAUCACCUCCACAUGUACUUAUUGAUGAAUCAACUGGUGUCAGUACUCCUGUGGGUUCAGUAGUUACGGUUUCUUCUGGUGAAGAUGGUAAAGAAAAGGGGAAAGGACUAGUGAUGGCUAAAAAUGUUAAAGAUAAUUUAUUAAAAGAUUUACCACCAUAUAUGAAGGAACAAUUUGAAAAAACCCCAUCCCUCGAAAAAUUGAAAAAUUUAUUAAUGCAUAAACCUCCACCAUCAGCUAGAAAAGCUUAUACUUUAAAUAUCCCGGGUCAAACAUCUUCUAAAACUUCACCUGACGGGAAGAUUGCUUCAGUUGAUGUUGGAUCUAAAUUGGUGAUUGUUAUGGUGGGAUUACCUGCUAGAGGGAAAUCAUAUAUUACUAAUAAAUUGACACGAUAUCUUAAUUGGUUACAACACGAUUGUCGAGUUUUCAAUGUUGGUAAUACUAGAAGAAAAGAUAAAUUAAAUGCUGGUCCAGAGAAUCAACCAUUACCUGAUAAAGCCACUACACCAACAGAAUCAAGAUCACCUCGACAACAUGAUGCUGAUUUUUUCAACCCAGAAAAUAAAGAUAGUACGGCAUUGAGAGAAAAAUGGGCUAUGGAUACUUUAGAUCAAUUAUUAGAUUAUGUUAUUAGUGGAAGUGGAUCAGUAGGGAUUUUCGAUGCCACCAAUUCGACUAAAUUAAGACGGAAACGAGUCUUGAAAAGAAUUCAGCAACGAUCAAAUGGGGAAUUACCAGUAUUAUAUUUAGAAAGUGUUUGUAAUGAUCCUAGUAUUAUUGAAUCAAAUAUUCGAUUGAAAUUAAGUGGGCCCGAUUAUAAAGAUAUGGAUCCUAAAUUGGCAUUUAAUGAUUUUGUGGGACGAUUACAUAAUUAUGAAAAAGCUUAUGAAACCAUUGAUGAAGAAGAAGAAAAAAUUCCUGGAUUCCAAUAUGUCAAAAUGAUUGAUGUGGGGAAAAAAGUUGUUAGUUUUAAUAUUAAAGGAUUUCUUGCAUCACAAACAAUUUAUUUCUUAUUAAAUUUUAAUUUAUGUGAACGACAAAUUUGGAUUACUCGACAUGGAGAAAGUCAAGAUAAUUUGAAUGGUAGAAUUGGUGGUGAUGCCAAUUUAACUAAACGAGGUCUUAAAUUUGCUCAAGCUUUAACACAAUUUAUGAAUUUCCAACGACAAGAAUUCCGGAAACAACAAUUGGAAAGAUUUUCAAGUCGAUUAGAAUUAAAAUAUAAUUCCCUUUUCAAUGAAGAUGAUGUUGCUCUAUUGGAUUCUAUUCCUAGUGAACCGAAUUUUUGCGUUUGGACAUCGAUGCUUACCCGUGCGGUUGAAACCGGACAAUACUUUAAUGAUCAAUUAUAUUCAAUUAAACAAUUAAGAAUGUUGAAUGAAUUAGGUGGAGGGAAAUUUGAAGGUAUGACAUAUGAAGAAAUUCAAUCGAAAUAUCCUAAAGAAUUUGCCAGUAGAUUGAAAAAUAAAUUAAGUUAUCGAUAUCCUGGAGUUGGAGGUGAAUCUUAUUUAGAUGUUUUAACUCGAUUAAGACCAUUAAUUGCUGAAGUUGAAAGAACCACUGAUCAUUUAUUAAUUAUAUCACAUCGAGUAGUAUCAAGAAUUUUAUUAGCAUAUUUUUUAAAUCUUGAUAAAUCGGCCAUUGGAGAAUUGGAUGUUCCAUUACAUACAUUAUAUUGUUUAGAACUGCAUCCUUAUGGUACUGAUUAUACCAUGUAUGAAUAUGAUGAAAAUUUAGAUUGGUUUGUUAAAGCUGAACCAGAACAUCAAAAGAAUGUUAAAGAAGUUGGAGUUGUUUUUAAAGAACGGAAAUAUUCUGUGGUCCCAACAGCUCCACCAACUUCAAAGUCUCGUGCUGUCAGUUUUGCCGUUACAAACAACUACAACAACAACAACAACACUGAUCAUACCAACAAUAAAGCUACUGAUGAUGUAAGAGAUGAAAUUAGAAGAAGAUUAUCAAUGGGGACAUCCAAUAAACCAACAUUACUGGUACGUGAUGGUGAUGAUAAAUCAAUUACAGCUAAACACUUACGAGAUUUAAAAAAUUUAAGAAAACCAAUGGGACAACGGAAGACUGCUGCUGAUCAAUUAUGUUAA